AUGGCUGGAAAGAAGGGUCAGGACAACAGCAAGAAGGUGGCCGGCCAGGCGCGCAAGGCCGAGUCUGCGGCCCAGAAGGCUGCUGCCGAAGAGGCAAAGAAGGCCGCUGCCGAAGCCGCGGAGUGGGAUAAGGGAGCCAAGAGCAACGCUAAGAAGGAGGCCGAGGCCGCGAAAAAGGCCGAGGCGGCGCGCAAGAAGGCGGAGAAGGAGGCUCUUCUAAAGGAAGAAGAGAAGAACACCCCGGGCCGUACCCAGCCCAAGAAUGCGAAGACGGCGGUCAAGAAGACAAGGGGACUUGACCUCUCACAGCUGGACGACGAUGGCAGCGGCUCUCUCGCGGCGCUUAACGCAUCGGGCAUUGACAAUGCUCUGGAUGCGUUGUCGCUCGCGACCACAGGCUCAGCUGUCGACAAGAUUGACAGGCAUCCCGAAAGACGCUUCAAGGCAGCACUUGCGGCGUUUGAGGAACGACGACUUGCGGAGAUGGAGAAGGACGGCAGUGGUCAAGGCUUGCGCCAGAACCAGAAGAAGGAGAGGAUCAGGAAGGAGUUCGAGAAGCACCCCGAUAACCCCUUCAACCAGGUUACUGCGCGUUACGACGCUUCCAGGGAAGAGUUGGCCCAGCUCAAGGAGCAGGAACGCGUCAAGAUCGAGUCCAGACUUGGGUCCAGACGCUAA